AUGCUCAGGCUCGUCGCCGUCCUUCCGGCUCUCAUCGUGAUGUUGAAGGAGUGGGACGCGACGCUCUAUGCGCUGGUGACGAGCUACAGGUUUCAUUUCCUCCUGUUUUUCAUUGCAGAUGUGCUUGAGCAGCUGAACAUACUCAACAGGGCAUUCCAGCACAAGGAGCUUGAUUAUGCCAGCGUGCAUGCGCAGAUCAAGCGUACAACAUCCCACAUCGAGAGCCGCUACGUCGACUGCGGAGACGACUUCGGAGGCGGCGUCAGCGAGCUGCUGUCCCCCUUCAUCGCGCGCCAUGGGCCUGGAGGAAAUCAGGAGGUGAAGGUUGAAGGGGUUGAUUCGGACGGCCGACCAGCACGCUUCAAAUUCGUGCUGCACGAGGACGAGCUGGAGGAGUUUGAAGGGCCCGGCACCCACGAUGGCUGUGUGGGGGUUUGCACAGGGUUUGCCGAGGUGAUCGUGCACCAACUGGAGCACCGGCUUGGCGACCUGAACGGGAUGUCCGGCGCUAGGCUCUUCACCCCCGACGAGUAUCCGCUGGAGCGUGGAGAGAGGAACCGCAGGUGCCUCGAGUGGCUUCAGUCGCUUGUCACGCUGUUCAAGGCCGGCCUGACGGAUGAGAUCCUGCCAGUCUGGAGGAGUUACAAGAAGCGCAAGCCCCAGAGCAACGCUCCACUCCCGCCUGCAGGAAAGCAACACAACAAGAAGGCCAGGGAGGCAGAUGAAGAGAUGGAUGUAGUUGACCUAGAAGAUGAGCAGGAUGCAGUUGACUCUGAUGAUGAUGAUGGAUUUAAUGAGUAG